CAUGAUAAACACAAGUACAAAUUGGGUUUGCUAGUAGAGGAAAAUUAAAGUCAAACCGAGAUUAUAUUUCUCUUCUUCAACCUCUUGGUUGGUUUCUUUUGCCACAGCAAAACCCUUUCCUAUUGGUUCCCACAAGACCUCUGGUUUACUCUUCAACUACACUAAGGCCCAUCUGGACGAUCGGGUUGAAUAUUUUGGAUGAUGGGUCAGGAUUUCUGGAGGGUUUGUACGGGCUAUGCAUUUUAAUGUGGCUAUGUUAGUAUAGGUUGAAGCAAGCAUGGGCUUUUGAUGCAGCUUUUCUGUCGAAUGAACUUCAGUGAAGCAAUUUGAGUCAGGUUCUGGUUCUGGAUUAGUGAUGGAUUGCAAUAAAGAAGAGGCUGUCAGGGCCAAGGGGAUUGCUUUGAAGAAGAUGGAAAGCAAGGAAUUUGUAGCGGCUCGUAAAGUUAUUAUCAAGGCCCAACAACUAUAUCCUGAUGUGGAUAAUAUUUCUCAAAUGCUUAUGGUUUGCGAUGUGCAUAUUGCUGCCGAGCAGAGAAUAUAUGGGAAUGAGAUGAACUGGUAUGGUAUCCUUCAGAUUGAGCCGACAGCUGAUGAGGCAAUGAUUAAGAAGCAGUACAGGAAGUUUGCUCUACAACUUCAUCCUGAUAAAAACAAGUUUGCAGGUGCAGAAGCUGCUUUUAAGCUGAUUGGGGAAGCUCAAAGAGUGCUUUUAGACCGAGAUAAACGUGCUUUUCAUGACAUGAGACGCAGAGCGCCUGUGUAUAAAGCAGCACCACCGAAUCGGCCCUCUCAAAAGGGCAGCUGGAGCUCAAAUGUUGGGGCUCAUAAUAACUAUAGGAGCAAUGUGACAGGCUCGAAUCCUCAGCAACAGAAGCCGCCUCAGCCAGUUCCACCUGGUCACUCUAAUGUCCGCCCAACUUUCUGGACUGUCUGUCCGUUUUGUUCAGUAAGGUACCAGUAUUAUAAAGAAGUUGUCAAUAGAUCUCUCCGUUGUCACAGUUGCCAGAAGCCAUUCAUUGCAUAUGACAUGAAUGUGCAAGGUCCUCAACCAACUACCAACAACAGUCAUGCACCACCAACUACCAACAGCAGUCAUGCACCACCAGCUACCAACAUGAGUAAGCCAGUGUUCCCCCAGAAGAACGAAGGUGCUUGCAAGGUGGAGGUAGGAUGUCAGGGGAAUGUUGGUAAGGUUGGAUCAGGAAAGAUGAAUGGCAAGAAGAGGAAGCAGGUAGAGGAAUCCAGUGAGAGUUUUAAUUCUAAGAGCAGCACUGACUCUGAAGAAGAAGAUAUAGCUGUAGACAAUGAUGGUAAUAUUCAGGGUGGACAGAAGUUUGAAUCUUUUAGAGACCAAAACAUACGAAGAUCUUCACGGCACAAGCAGCAGGUUUCUUACAAGGAAAACUUGAGUGAUGAUGAAAACACUGUAAACUCUCGAAAAAAAGCCAAGAGGAGUGAAUCAUCCUCUGCCACUAAAGAGGAGAGUGGGGAUGCAUCUAUAAAAGAGUCAGCUAAAAUAAAUAAAUCAUCUCAUUUAGCUUCUAAUGUAAAAGAAGAUCUGAAAGAGGUGAAACAGAAUGAAAAUGCUUGUUUUGAGGAGAGCUUACCGAAUGGGAACAUGAAAGCAAAAUUGAGUGGAAAAGAAACAGUGGCUGAUGAUAACCGUAAGAAAACUUCUGAAGCUUAUGACAAUUCUGCAUCUGAUUCAAGGUCUGACGCAACACUAAAUCCUGAAUAUUUUCAAUAUCCUGAUCCAGAUUUCAGUGACUUUGACAAGGAUAGGAAACAAGAGUGUUUUGCAGCAGGGCAGAUCUGGGCUGUUUAUGAUACUGUGGAAGCCAUGCCUAGAUUUUACGCACAGAUUAAGAAAGUUCUCUCUCCCGGGUUUAAGCUGAGGAUAACCUGGCUAGAGCCAGACCCAGAUGAUGAGGAUGAAAUCAAAUGGUUCAAUGCGGACUUGCCUACUUCUUGUGGUAAGUUUACAAAGGGGAACACGGAAAACACUGAAGAUCGUCUUAUGUUCUCUCAUUUGAUUUCUUGGGAGAAGGGCAGCCGUAGAGAUAGUUUCAAGGUUUAUCCAAGAAAGGGAGAAAUUUGGGGAUUCUUCAGGAACUGGGAUAUCAAAUGGUACUCUGAUCCAGACCAGCAUCGUAAGCCCGAGUAUGAAUUUGUUGAAAUCUUGUCAGAGUUUUCACAGGAUGUGGGUAUACGUGUUGCAUACAUCGUUAAGGUGAAAGGCUUUGCAAGCCUCUUUUGUCGAAUGGUUAAGGAAGAAAUGGGCACAUUUCAAGUUCCACCUGUAGAACUAUUUAGGUUCUCACACAGGGUUCCAUCCUUUAAAAUGACUGGUGAGGAAAGAGAAGGUGUGCCGAAAGGAUCUUUUGAACUAGACCCUGCAGCUUUACCCCUUAAAAUUGAAGAGUUUUCUGUGCCUGAAGAUGUGGCAGUGGAGGCUGGUGCAAAUGCAUCAAUGUACCAGGCUGAUGUAAAGAGCAGCCACUUUGAGUCUGGGGAAAGCAGUAAUGGCAUUGUUACUGAAGAUCACAGUAAUCCUCCAGCUUCCCCCUCAGAAGCUAUUGAAAUUCCAGAACCUGAAUUUUACGAUUUUGAUGCUGAAAAAUCCCAGGAGAAGUUUCAGAUUGGUCAGAUUUGGGCAUUGUACAGUGAUGAGGAUGGCUUGCCAAAAUAUUAUGGUAUGAUUACGAAAAUCGAUGCUGGCUCAGUUUUCAAAUUGCACCUUACAUGGCUUGGCUCCCGCCAGCUGCCAAACAACACUAUCCAAUGGCGUGAUAAAGGCAUGCCCAUUUGUUGUGGAAAUUUUAAGAUUAAGAGUCUAUCCCAGGUAUAUACUACUACCACUUCCUUUUCACAUCAGGUAAGAUCUGAUCCUGCUGGUAAGAGGAAUGAGUAUGCCAUCUUUCCUAGGAAAGGUGAGGUAUGGGCAUUAUAUAAGAACUGGACUGCUGAAAUAAAAUGUUCUGAGUUGGAGAGCUGUGAAUAUGAAAUAGUAGAAGUCAUUGAGGAGGAGGAUUUGCAUAUAAGAGUGUUGUUUUUGGAGCGAGUGGAUGGUUUCAACUCAGUUUUCAAGGCCCAAUUAAAAGAGGGGUCAGAAGUAACCAUUGGGAUUCCUCGGAUAGAGCUUCUUAAGUUCUCCCAUCAAUUACCUGCUUUCCGCCUGACAAAAGAGAAAGGUGGCACCCUGAGAGGCUUCUGGGAACUUGAUCCUGCAGCAUUGCCAGUUCAUUAUUUUUCUUGAGGCAGGAAAACUGAAUUAAUAGAGCCUGUUCAGGUUAGAGUCAAAGCACCAUCCUUGUUCUUAUAGUUGCUCAGCAGAGAUACACCCAUCAAGUGCAUAUGAUAGAUGUUUGGCAGUGUAAUGAUUUUUGUCCUCAAUCCUGCUGCAUUGGAGAGAAAUUUGGAGGCUGUGCUGGUUUUUUUGUUGAAUUUUACUCGUCUCUAAUCCUCUUGAUGGUGCCAUGCAAUUUGGCUAGUUAGGCACAAGUCACUUCAAGGUAGCGUUAAUUUUAUCUGGAUUUUCCUGUUAACGUCUUCUCUUGGUAGAUACCUUAUUUGGAAGUAGAAAAAGUUUUUCAGCAAAUCCACUCUACCUAUUUUGUGGUUUAUUUACCUCUAGUUAGUAUAGUGGAUCAGAUAAUGUUAGCCUUGUUCAAUAUGUAGAACUGCAAAUGCACAUCCAAAAUGAGGUUCUGAA